CGCCCCCCACGUUUUCACUCGGAUUCCAUCGGCAUGAUAGUCCCCGUGGCGAUCACGCAUCGGUCGGCGUGGCUUAGCUGUUUCUACCUUGUCAACCUCGUGUGCAUGCCGUUUCUCGUGUACAUGACGGAGGUGUCGCCCCUGGCUACCGUCCAUCGGACUGACCAACCGCCAUUCCCCCUUGCCCCCACGUUGACCCACGCACUUGCCCAGCAAUAUGUGGCUCAGUUUCAAGUUCUUUACAACGCCACGACCCUCCCAGGCAACGUGGGGUAUUUCUACGACAGCGACCGCGUCGUCGAUGUCAUGCGCACAGUCGUGUCGCCGUCCGACUGUGCCGACCCCGCGACCCUCCUCAACAGCAUCUUGGGGGCCGCAUACUUCACGCCCGAUGCCAACAGCGCCGUGUUGGACUGCGUGUGUGGAAACUCGUCGGCGUCGACCGUCGGCCGCGCAUGGCGCUUGAACUUUAUUGUCGCGCCGUCGUCAAUAAACGCGUUGUGGGUUCACCCUGGGAACGAGUUGAACAGGCACAUGGGCGGCGCGAGCUUCACCGUGUACUACCUCUUCAUCCCGGACAAGCUGUCGCCAUGGUGGCUCGCCUUUAAAUUCCUCUACCGAGCGAUGCUCAGCCUGACGAUUCUUGGUCUGGCCAUCCAGUCGUACUACCGACACGUCGGCCAUUUGUGCGCUAACCUUGCGCACUUUCCCUUGCAGCCACACCAGGCAUCCCUCGGCGCGGUCACGAGAUACGAAGUCAUCGUUGGCGAACCAUCGCCCUUGGUCAUGUCCAACCCAUACGUUUGCCUGGCGUUCGUCGCCGACAUUUGCGCCACAUCAGAGUAUAUGGGCCAAGCUUGCCUACGCGUGUGUCAAACCCAGAGCCUCUGGUACUUUGCGCUUGCGAUGGUGUACUUGGGGCGGCUCGUUUGGUGUGCGUAUGGCACGUUGGUGAUGCACAACGCUGUCCGGAAGCGGUGGGGUUGGGCGGCCCUCACGACGCCCGUGGACUCGACUCAAGUGGCCGUGAUGGUCUACUUUGUCGGGGGGUUCCUCACGUAUUUGCAAGGGCUGUGGCCAUCACUCAUCAACGUGUACACGUGGCUCUUUGCCCUCGACAGCACUCCGGCCUCUGACGCUCCCGACCACCGCUUGGUGUCCAUGAACAUUGAAUUGGCUAUUCUUGUUUACUUGGUCACGGUCUGUGGCACGCCGUACGUCUUGUCCGCGGGGUCGUAUAUGAGUCGACGACUCUUUUCUCGAUGCGUGAGCUUCUUCUCGUGCCGGAGGAUUUGGCAUUCGCUGUCGCAGCAAAAGGUCGGUUGGCGGCAACCACCCCAACGUGCACUGUUACCGGGCUCGGCCAACGCGACGGUGCAUGCCGUCCUGUGUCCGCCACCGUUGACGACACCCACGGAUACCAAGGGGUACAUUCGGCAGUGGCUUUGUGCAGUGAAAGGGGAUGUGGCAUGCAUGGGGGGGUCGAUGUACCAAGUCUUUCGAUGGCACCCCAGCACGUUCCAAGCACAAGCCACGAUCGACCAAACGCCGACCGACUGCUUUGUGUGCGGCUACGACGUCACAAAGACCCUCGUCGAAGUGGUGUGCGUCAGCCUCGUGUCCCAAAUCGACUUGAAAGGAUACCAUCGAGGCCACACGACGUCCCGAGCAAACCGAAAACAAUUCGUCGCACAGCACGCCCUCUCGACCGCAGGGGAAUGUACCUCAAGCAAGAAGCUGGCCGUGGGCAGGCUCGUGGCAAACCAAAGCCAUACAGGGAGUGCUGUAGUGCAGUACGCAGCAGGAGCGAAGAACUCACCGUGGAUCAUGUAAUCCUCGACCACCACGUCCUCCGUAGAUAUGACCCUUUUGACACCAGCCUCUUCUCGACGCUGGUCCAACCUCGGGACGCCGAAUGCAUGGGGCCAACGAGCUCCAUCGACUAACUGAAGAGAUUGGUUCACCG